AUGAAAUACUUCUCGGUUUUUGCUGUGCCUACCUUGGCUGCACUUGUCAGUGCUCAAUCUGCCCCAAACUUCCCUGUCCAGGUCAACAGCAACCUGCGCGUCGACUUCCUCAAUAGUUCGACAAGCGUUAGCCCACCCGGUAUCCUGCUGCCCAGAGAUGACGUACUCGAUGGCCCGACCGUGUAUGGGCCAGAGAACGCUACACAAGAAGCCACCUAUAUACUCUUCAUGGUGGAUGAGGACGUCAAUACAGGAAACGGUCCGCGAGUGCAACUGCUCCACUUCUUCCAGCCCAACCUUGUCGGCAUCAACCAUGCAUUAUCGGUUCAGCCUCAUGCACAAAAUUCCACAACGGCGGUUGGCGCCGACUAUGUGACUCCCUCACCGCCCGCUGGAGAUGGACCGCAUAGAUACACACUGCUGCUUUACCCUCAACCAGAAGGCUUCACCGUACCACAGGCAUAUCUCUCUUUCAGUCCACCCGCCGACGUGAAUGCGAGAUAUCCUUUCAACAUGUCGGGUUUUGCUGAGGCUGCCGGUCUAGGACAACCUAUUGCGGCCAACUGGUUCCGGGUUGUGAACGACACUACCAGUACAACAUCCUCUACUUCAAGCGCUACCAGCACGGUUACGGGGACUUCUGUCGCAACAUCGGCCGGGACGAGCACGGUCUCUUCAACUUCGGCUGCUUCCAGCGCAAGUGCAAGUGCAAGUGCUAGUGCUGCAGCCAAUUCCGCCGCAGCUCGAGAUGAAGUGCGCGGGAGUGCGAGAGAGUUGAUUGUGCGACUUGCCAUGGGCAUUGCUGGCGCAUGGUUGUGGAUACUGUGA